AUGGAUAAGAUGAAUAUGCAUUUAUUGAUACAUAUUUUAUACAUUCAUUUCAACGCUGUACUUCAAGCGCACCUUGCAGGGAAUGAUUAAAACCAACGUCAAGAUGUAGAAAUUGUAAAUGUGGCACAUUGAUUGAAUAUAUGUUUAAACAUUCUGCUGCUUUUGAUCACAAAGUGCAAAAAAUAUGGAGAACAUUUAUACACUAUGGAGCGACGAAAACCGCCAAUAUCACAGCCCGACACAGUUUCUCCCACUAGUACCGUUAACAUUUUUAGCGAUAGCGAUGAGAUGUAUUAUACAAACAUUUUUAAUAAAACCAAUGGGAAUCUACUUAGGAAUACCACCAGACCUACCUGCUUAUCCCAGUGUUCUAUUAGAAAAGACUUCCAAACCCAGUAAGCUGACAAGAUUCACGACGAGCUGUAAAAAACUAAUAUGGUAUUCCUUUAUCUGGACAUUUGGAGUGGCAGUUUUAUGGAACAAGCCUUGGUUAUGGGAUAUUAAUGCAAGUUGGACCGAUUUCGGGAACGAUCCAGUCACCAUAGAUCUAUUUCUCUAUGGUAACUUAACUGUAUUGUACUACAGCUCAGAGCUCUUAAGUCAAUUGUUUCUAGAUGUGAGACGCAAAGACUUUUGGAUUAUGUUUAUACAUCACAUCACAGCGAUUGCAGUCGUUGCCAUCAUCUGGAUUUUUAAACUACAUCGAAUAGGCUCUUUAGCUCCUCUUCUGCACGACGUUAAUGAUAUCAUUGUGGAACUGUCAAAGUGUCUUAAGUGUUUGAAGUAUCCUAAGUGGCCUGAAAUAUUCUUUGAAUUUUUUGCUAUUUCCUGGGUAAUAACCAGAUUAAUAAUUCUACCGUUUUGGUAUAUACGAGCUUGUUUAGAGGACUCCCAAGGUGCUUUAUCACAAGCCUCUGUAUAUUACGUGUGGAAUGGGCUUUUCCUGGUUCUAAUGUUUCUACACUGUAUUUGGACUGUUAUGAUUUUUAAGGUAAUUAGAAUGAUUAUUCAAAGUGGCUCUGCGGUGGAUAUUCGAUCUAGAAGUGAAAGUUGUUCCGAAGAGGAAUCAGACAAGGAUGAUUAAUUGUAUACUUAUUUUUGUUAAUGUUAAUCUGUUAUUUAAACUGUUAUUUUUAUAAACAAUUAUAUUUUUAUAUACAUUUUA